AUAACUCCUGAGAUAUUUGGGAUCAGAGAAGAAGCACCAGGGGUUUGACUUGGUCUGCUACUUCCUCUCUUGCACCCAGAUCAGAGACAGCGCCCAACCAGGCCUUAUACAAUUGGGGUUUGAGCCCUAGUUUCAAGACUGCUAUAAGAUUUUUGCUUCUCCUCCUAACCCCCAGUUAAUGUUUCUCCUCAGCUGUCUUUGCCAAGGGCACUUGGACUAAGGAUUGGGACAUUUACAGCUUGAUCCAAUGCAAGAUCACUGCCCGCCAUGAAGCCCUCUCUUGUCUUCACUCUCCUGAGUGCAGCUGGAGUCAUUUUGGCCAGAGAGUCUGAAGCUGAUAAGCUGAACUUACCAGAAGAUUUUACUAUUCCUUACAUGGUCUACUUGCAGUCCAGCCCAGAACCCUGUGUGGGGUCUCUCAUUCACCCUGAGUGGGUACUGACAGCUGCCCACUGCCCCUUACCUGUUAAAAUCCGACUGGGAGUUUAUCAACCCAGCGUCAAAAAUAAGAAAGAGCAGAUACGGAAUUACUCACUGAUUGUGCCCUCCCCUGAAUUCAAAGCACAAUCUCUGGAGAAUGACCUGAUGCUGAUAAAAUUGUCCAAGGCUGCUGCGCUCAACUCCCACGUGGGAACCAUAGCCAUAUCUAUGGAACCCUUAGCAUUUAACGAUUCCUGCUUUAUCCCAACCUGGACUUGGAAUGAAUACAAAAACCUCAGCGACCCUGACAUCCUGACUUGGAUAAACCAAUAUUCUCUCCCCCUCAAUGACUGCCAGAACAUGGUGGGACAAAUAAUGGCAGCACGCAUCAUGUGUGUGGGACAACCUUUAAACAUCUUAUCUAGAAUUAAGGAAGUUUCAGCCGCCCCAGCCAUCUGCGAUGGCAGGUUGCAUGGAAUCUUGUCCUGGGCCAAAGGAAGUAUCACCCUGGGAAGUGAAGGGUUCUUCACAGAAGUUUAUCACCAUGCAAGAUGGAUCUUGAAAGUCAUAAAUAACCACUGAGGCUCUUCCAUUCCCCCGUCUUCAGUGCAACAUCUUCAUAAUUUCUACACUGAAUUCACAGCUCUUGAUCUUUCUUGUUCUUGAACAGAGUUCAAACAGAAAACAUUCAGUAAACAAAAAAAAUGACACUAAGAA